UCUUUUUCUUCCAACCCUCUUUUACCUGUUGGCCACUCUUAAAACCCGGAAAAACGGAGUUUAUAUUUCGGAGCCUCGGAGUGACCAGAGCAAUGUAAUUGGGCAUGUUCAGGAGGUUGGCCUGAUUUGGGAAACAAAUGUGUCUUGAAUGAGAGCUUUCAAUGCCGCUUGUUUCCGGAAUUGGCUGCAUCUAUCUUUCUCUGCAUUAUAUUGGGAGAUGGCACCCCCUCCCACCUUCUUGGCACUCUCACUUUUUCGUUGUAUCCCUGUGCCUAAUUUUGGAGCCAGCCCUCCUGGAUCUCCUGGCCAAUCAAGAGACCACACAUUGUUGCCUAAGAGACCCCGGAUGCCAGCGAAAGGAUUUAUAGAUGAUGAUUGGACUAAUGGAAGCUGGAGGGUGGGGGCUGGGCAAAGUCAAAGAAAAAAAGCAGCUAUGGCAACACCAGCGCUUGAGGCCUGAUGAGGGAGUCCAGCUAAAAGAGGUAUAGUUUUUCUUAUAGAAGAAUACCCAGUUAUUUCAUGAUGGCAUUUGCACCUCCAAAGAGCACGGAUGGUCCCAAAAUGCAGACAAAGAUGAGUACCUGGACACCCUUAAACCAUAAGCUUUUGAAUGAUCGGGUAUUUGAAGAAAGAAGAGCUCUACUUGGAAAAUGGUUUGACAAAUGGACAGACUCUCAGAGGAGAAGAGUCCUGACGGGCCUGUUAGAGCGCUGCUCCCUGUCACAGCAAAAGUUCUGCUGUCGAAAGCUUCAGGAAAAAAUUCCAGCAGAAGCUCUGGAUUUUACUACCAAGCUCCCAAGGGUGUUGUCCUUACACAUCUUUUCCUUCCUGGACCCCCGAAGCCUUUGUCGUUGUGCACAGGUGAGCUGGCACUGGAAGAACUUAACUGAGCUGGAUCAGCUCUGGAUGCUCAAAUGUUUGCGGUUUAACUGGUACAUCAACUUCUCUCCAACUCCCUUUGAGCAGGGCAUCUGGAAGAAGCACUACAUUCAAAUGGUGAAGAAGUUUCAUGUUACCAGACCUAAGACACCUCCGAAAGAUGCGUUUGUGGUUGCUGAUGUUCAACCAGUGACAGGCAGUUCUCCAGAGGAAAAGCAGUCUCCGUCACCUGCUUUCCGAUCUUCUUCCUCUUUAAGAAAGAAGAACCACUCAGGGGAGAAAGAACUCCCACCCUGGCGAUCCUCUGACAAGCAUCCAACGGAUAUCAUUCGCUUCAAUUACCUGGACAAUUGUGACCCCAUCGAGUGGAUCUGGCAAGGAAGAAAGAAAAGACAUGAAACAACCCCAGAUUCCAGCCGGCAGUCACAUGAUAAGAAAAAUAAAUCGCAGGACGGAUCUAAGCUAAGAAAAGCACGGUCACUGGUGUCCCUGAGUGCAGAACCCAGCUCCCCUCUGCAAGUCCCAGCUCAGCUCGCCUGGCCUCCUCGUCGGUUGGCGGGGUUCCCAGCCACCGAGGCAGCCACCAAAGUUCUCAUGCAGCAUCUUCAGAGACACUCUGGCCUUCGGUCGUUGCCCAUCCAGGCUUCAGAGCUGAAGCUGAUUUAAAAAUGUGAAAAGAGCUCAGGCCAGUGUGGCUCGGUUGGUUGGAACAUCAUCCAGCACACCAAAGGGUAGCAGGUUGGAUCGAUCCCCAUACAGGACUGAUAGAUGUUUCUCUCUCUCUCUCUCUCUCCCUCCCUUCCUCCCUCCCUCUCUCUAGGAAUC